GUAUAAUCUAGUGGACGGAACGCUUCUUUCAACAGUAGCAACCGUUAGUCAGCCACCUCUGUAGCUUGCUAGCCAAAAUAGCUUUAGACGCUUUAGUGUAUAUUAGCCACUGCGUUUUAAACCCACUCCUGUCGUCUAGUUAGUUAUCCGAUUUAAUUUCAUAUUUACGAUGUUGUUGUUAUUAGUCAGCUAGCGGGCUGAUUACGUUAUCACUAGCCUAGCUAGCUAACAUCCCCGACCAUGAGUUCACGAAGCUACUCUCCUCCUGCUAAAGAAGCUCUCGUCAAAGAAGAGGAGGAAGAGGAGGAUGUCACUAUACAAAAACAAGUAGAGGGUGAAGCUGUUACAGUGAAAGAAGAAGAGAAAGACGUUUCAGUGAAAGAAGAGGAAGACGCGUUCAGAGUGAAAGAGGAGGAGGAAGUUACAGUUAAAGAAGAGGAGGAAGAGAAAGAGGAAGAUGCAGGAGUGGAGGAGGAGGGGGGGAUGACUGUCACAUUGAAAAAGGAGGAGGAAGAAGAGGAGGAAAUUGGAUAUCUGGGUCCGGUUUCCCAAAGCCAUAUUAAGGCAUCCAAUGGUUCUAACGAUGAACUUAGCCGUAAGAUGGUUUUGGGAAACCGUUCCCUGAUUAACACUAGAGAGAGACGUGACUACCGUGGAUCCUCUGGGGAGCCUCAACAACAUCAUGAAGCUGACGAGGCAGAGAAGAGUCUUUCCACAUCAGAACAUCUCAAGAAACAGCAGCGGAAACGCACAGGGAAGAAACCUCACUGCUGCUCUGACUGUGGGAAGAGAUUCACCUCUUCAGCAGACCUCAAAAGACAUCAGAGAAUCCAUACAGGAGAUAAACCGUACAGUUGUGAUCAAUGUGGGAAGAGAUUUACUGAUCUAAGCAGCCUGAAAAGACACCAGAGAAUUCACACGGGAGAGAAACCUUACAGCUGUGAUCAAUGUGGGAAGAGUUUUAAUGUUCCAAGCAGCCUGAAAACACACCAAAGAAUUCACACGGGAGAGAAACCUUACAGCUGUGAUCAAUGUGGGAAGAGUUUUGUUUCAUCUAGCCAGCUGACUGUACACCAGAGAAUACACACAGGAGAGAAAUGUUAUAGCUGUGAUCAAUGUGGGAAGAGUUUUGUUUCAUGUAGCCAGCUGACUGCACACCAGAAAACACACACAGGAGAGAAAUCAUAUAGCUGUAAUCAAUGUGGGAAGAGAUACUCUGGUAAAAGAUCUCUGAUUAGACAUCAGAAAAUACAUGAAGGAGUUUCAUGACAUCAAUGAAAUGUCACAAUGUAGAAGCCGAAACAUUUUCACCUUGUUCUAUUGAUUUCAGUGUUGUGUUUUCAUGAAUUGAAUACCAAGUGUGUCAUCAGUCAUCUUGCCGUCAGCAUGGCAAAGAGGUGGCUACUUUGAAGAGUCUCAAAUAUAAAAUAUAUUUUGAUUUGUUUAACA